GAGAUCUUUUCUUACAAUGAAUCCCACAGCUUGUAGCACAUUGUGUAAUAAAUGUCUCUAUCAGUCAGGGACCUAGCAGGAAAUGAUGGUACAGUCAAAUUAGGAUAAUUGGGGGAGAGUUUAAUAAAGUGAAAAUUACAAAGAAGUAGGUAGAGCAUAGAGAAAUCAUGAAGAAUAUUGCAGUACCCCAGUACCCACAGCUCUGUUGUGACCACCUCUAAGCCCAAAAGCUUAAGAGGGAGCAGUUAUGUAGAAAGGGCUCUCUCAAUAAAAGCUGUGAUCUUCAUUGAUGUAGUCCGUUCAGGACAACUUCCUGAAGCAGAAAGCAGGGUGGAGAAUGAAUCUGGAGGAAAAACAUAAGAUGCCUGGUGCAGUAUACAAUAGUGUUGAUUCAGAGGAGGGUGGGAGUACUGAGCCUCGGGGAGGGAGGAGAAGGAAUGUAGAGCCUAUGGGAUGCUACUUGGCGAUUUUCUCAUCCCCGAGCCCAUGGGACUAGCAGUUUCCCUUAAUUCUCAUCUUGGGAAAUUUUCUUUAUUUCUUUGGGCCUAUGUUUUCUUCUAUCCAUAAGUUGAGGGAAUUAGCUGUCUUAAGGUCCCUACUGUGGUCAAAGCUACUGUGACUAGGUUCUUAGCUACAUGAUCUUUAAUUCUGAUGGAGAAAACCUUACUUUUACUUUGCAUUUUAGAUAUGAAUGUUAGUCUACAGGUAUGAUAAACAGGCCUGUAGGGAAAAUAUGUUAAGACAAAAGAUCUUAGUGGUUUCUGACUAAUAAGCAGAAUCAAACUAAUGAAGUUGCGAGUCAAGUCAUAGAUAGUUAAUUACCACAAGUUUGGAUAAAAUUAACCUACUGCAAAGUUUACAACUGUAGUAAAGCUUUCUAGCACAAAUAUUUUAACAUAUUUUUACUCUCCUGGUUACAAAUCAACAGCCUUGGGCAUUAUUAGAACAAAUGUUUCAAUGUUACAACAGAGAAGUUCUCUGCCCUUCUUACUAAUAACUCAACUUUAUAAUAAGUUACAGAAUAUGCAUUAAUUUAUUUUGUGGCAAAAUAGUCACUCUUUUUUUAAUCUAAUAAAAUGUACUAGGUGAUUCAGAGCUUUGGUUUCUCAGCUAACAGUCUUCCGUUCUCUCAUCGUUCGUUAUUAAAGUGUUAACCGAGGCUUUGUAACCUCUGACUCUGGUUAUGUUGUGUAGCCAAAGCUGUUACACAAAAAGGGGCUCAUAAGGCUCUGUUUCCUGCAAGAGAGAAACUGUAUUCAUUUUAGAGAGGAAAACUAGCCGAGCUGCGAUUCGACCCACGUGGGUGGCAGCAGAGUCGCUGCCCUUUUCAGCUCUCCGUCGGAAUUCUAACAUCCCCUCUGUGACGCGAGAACUGCAGGCUCAGGAAGGCCCGGGGUAUAGGCCCUGCGGCCUGGUGGGAGAAACCGCGCGCGGCGGCCGGAAACCGGGGCGUCGGCCCGCAAGAGCCCCGCCCUCCUGGGCAGGAUCCCAGGCGGGAGGCGGAGCCGGGGGCGGGGCCUGCGGCAGCGGGAAUCCCGAGCCCGCCCCUUGCCCCACCCCUCGGUUUCUCGCCAUGGCCCCUGCACUGCUUCUGGUCCCUGCUGCCCUCGCCUCUUUCAUCCUGGCCUUUGGCACUGGAGUGGAGUUCGUGCGCUUCACCUCCCUUCGGCCACUUCUUGGAGGGAUCCCGGAGUCUGGUGGUUCGGAUGCCCGCCAAGGAUGGCUGGCUGCCCUGCAGGACCACAGCAUCCUUGCCUCCCUGGCUUGGGAUCUGGGGCUCCUGCUGCUAUUUGUGGGGCAGCACAGCCUCAUGGCAACUGAGACAGUGAAGGCGUGGAUGUCCCGGUACUUUGGGGUCCUUCAGAGGUCACUGUAUGUGGCAUGCACUGCCCUGGCCUUGCAGUCCCUCAUCCUUCCCCAGCUGGUGAUGCGGUACUGGGAACCUGUACCCAGAGGCCCCGUGUUGUGGGAGGCUCGGGCUGAGCCAUGGGCCACCUGGGUGCCCCUCCUCUGCUUUGUGCUCCACGUCAUCUCCUGGCUCCUCAUCUUCAGCAUCCUUCUCGUCUUUGACUACGCUGAGCUCAUGGGCCUCAAACAGGUGUACUACCAUGUGCUGGGGCUGGGCGAGCCUCUGGCCCUGAAGUCUCCCCGGGCUCUGAGACUCUUCUCCCACCUGCGUCACCCAGUGUGCGUGGAGCUGCUGACAGUUCUGUGGGUGGUCCCCACCCUGGGCACUGACCGCCUCCUCCUUGCUCUCCUCCUUACCGUCUACCUGGGCUUGGCUCACGGACUUGACCAGCAAGACCUCCACUACCUCCGGGCCCAGCUGCAAAGAAAACUCCGCUUGCUCUCCCGGCCCCAGGAUGUGGAGGCCGAAUGAGGAGCUAACCCUGGUUCCAAGCCCUGUAUUUCCUCUCCCUGUGGAAUUCCAAAUCCCUUAACAUCCAGGCCCUGGCUGCUUCAGACCAGAGGCCCAAAUCUAUGAACUGAAAGGGGCUGUCCCUUCCUCUGGUUAAGACUCCACUCCCUGAGUCCCGCUCCAUACCCUAAAUUCUGAGUUUCCGCCACUGGACUCCAAGGUCCAUUUCUCACCAGCCAGGAAGAAGGGGUAGGAAACUUACCUGUCUCCUCACAGUUUAGGUCUUAAACCACCCCCCUGCCUCCCACCCCCCCUUAACAACCUCCUCACAAGGAGAAGGGUCUGGCCUGACCAGUCCCCUGGCACUAUUACUGCCUCUGCGCCUCAGGGAUCCCCUUAUCUACGUCUUGCUUCCCUAGGAGCUCGACCCGGGUCUGCAAGUUUGAUGGUGGUGUCCGCCCCUUCAGGCUCCAUGCCUUGCAUCUCAGGGCGGCCCCACUGGGUGGCUUCUCCACCUCCUUAGGCCCCGCCUCUGGGCUCCGUCCUCAACCUAGUUGAGGAUGCUCCCCCUCUUAAUUCGGGUGACUAAGGGCUCCCUGUUCUCCAGAGGAACACGCGCUGCAGGAAAAUAAAAUUGAGCCUGGUUUUUCUCCA